UUUUCCCUUCUUUUUUUUCUCUCUUUCUCUUUCCCCUUUUUAAUUUCCUUGGUGCUGUAAAUCUUCUCUGUACGACUCCUCUGUCUUUCUUCCUCGUUCUCUGUGCUUGUCUCUCUAGGGUUCUUUCUGUCCUUCACCCCCAACCUCUCAUUUCUUUCUGCAAUUUUUCAAACCCUUUGACUAUUAAAUCCCCCAAUUCCAUUUAUUGCCUACAUUGCUCUGAUUUCAUUUCAUUUUUCCACCAAGAAAACUCCAGAGAACUUGAAAGCGGAAUAUUACAUACAAGUCACAUUUCAGAGAUUUAUUUUGCUGAAAUGAGAAGUUCCCAGGAUCUUUGUGCUUGAUGGACUGCUUCCCCCCAAACAGUGACAAGAAAACUCUAAAGAAGUGGUUUUUCAUUGACAAAACAGUUGGAUAAUCAUACCUGUUCUCUUACACCUGAAAAUCCUUUUCUGUUGAAGUAUUAAACUUAGUUUUUCCUAUUAUUGAAGACUUUUUUUGCUACAAAACUGUUGGAUAAACUUAACCAUACCUGUUCUCUUAUUAUUUGAGACCUGUUCUCUUAUCACAUUGAAGAUUUUUGCUACAAAACUGGAUCCAAUGGACCUUAAAACCCCUGUUCUUGCUGACCCUGCACCUAUCAAAAAGUCUAGAUUAAGUUUGCAUUCUAGCCUUUUGCCCUACUCGCCUCAACCACAACGAGCACUCUUUACUACUGGAAUGCUGUUGUCAAUCCCUAGGAAGAAAACCGGUGUUUUAGAUGAUGUCCGUGCUGCUGCUUGGCUGGAUUCUAUGAAAUCUUCAUCUCCCCCGCCAAAGAAGUUUCCGUAUGAUGCUAAUCCCGAGCAAGAUUCUUCAGAUGUCGAUGUUGCUUAUCGUGCAUGGACUCUCAAUUAUCCAUCAGCAAUCACAUCAUUUGAGCAGAUCACACAUUUUGCCAAGGGAAAGAGGCUUGCACUCUUUUUGGACUACGAUGGAACUCUGUCACCCAUUGUAGAUAAUCCUGACAUGGCUUUCAUGUCUGAAGAUAUGCGUUCUGCUGUAAAAAACGUUUCCAAACUGUUUCCAACGGCAAUAAUCAGUGGAAGAAGUCGUGAUAAGGUUUAUGAGUUUGUAGGAUUGACUGAACUCUUUUAUGCCGGUAGUCAUGGGAUGGACAUUAUGAGCCCCGUGAAAGGCUCUGAUGCCUUUAAUGGACACCCUAAUUGUGUCAAGUUAACUGACAAGCAGGGUAAGGAAGCUGUCCUAUUCCAGCCUGCUAGUGAAUUCGUGCCUAUGAUCGAAGAGGUUUAUGCAUCCCUUGUUGAGACUACUAGAGAAAUUAAGGGUGCAACGGUUGAGAACAACAAGUUUUGCGUUUCAGUUCAUUAUCGCAAUGUAGAAGAAAAGAAUUGGAAGACUAUUGCUCUGCGUGUGUGCGCUAUACUAAAAGAAUACCCACGUCUUCGACUAACUCAUGGGCGGAAGGUUUUAGAAAUCCGCCCUGUGAUUAAUUGGAACAAGGGCAAAGCUGUUGAAUUUUUGCUGGAGUCCCUUGGGCUAAGCGACUCUGAUGAAGUGCUUCCAAUAUAUGUUGGGGAUGAUCGCACUGAUGAGGAUGCUUUUAAGUUCCUGAGAGAGGAAAAUAGAGGAUACGGUAUUUUGGUGUCUUCUAUUCCCAAAGAAAGUAACGCGUUCUAUUCCCUAAAGAAUCCAUCUGAGGUUAUGGAGUUUCUGAAGGCACUUGUGACUUGGAAGUCGGGUUUUGCUCUAGAUUAACUACUUCAACAAACUAGAAAAGUAUAUUCUAACCUUACAUAAAUAUGAUCAAUCAAGCUGAAAAAAAGAACAAAAAAUAGUACCAUUACAUAAAUAUAUAUAUAUAUAUAUAUAUACUACAAUAUGGGAAGAAAUCAAUCAUAUAGAAGAACUGUAAACCAGUUUCGGUGCAAAGGCUUAGCGCGUGCUGCAGAAGAAGAAGAUUCAUCAGUUCAUCAUCUUCUUCCUCAGUACCAAUUUUGUUUGUGCAAUUUUUUGUAAAUCCCUUUUUCCUUUGUAUAAUUUCUAGCCCUUGUAUUUAGAAGCAGUUUGAUUAAGGUGCUUAAUUUUUUUCCAUUUAGAGUUUAGUACCUUAAUUAAGCUUCCAAGUUUAGGGUAGUCAGUUUUUUUUCUUUAAGUACUUCCCAUAUUAGGUUAUUAUUAGAUGGGGUAAUUAGGGUUUCAAAUUCUUUCAUUUGUGAAAUGUGUAUUGUUCACUUUUUUCGGGGAAAAAAAGAAGUUUCGAUGAAGUAAAAUUUCUACGAAGUACAAGUUAGUUUUUUUGUCAAGACGUUUAAGAAGAAAGGAAAAAGAGAAGUGGUAAUGUACUAAUGUUUUGUGUCAAUAAGUAAAUGUUUAUUAUGUUU